AUGGCGUCGUCCAAAGCGCUGCGCGCGUGCUUGAACGCGCGAGACUUGCGCGCGCUCGCGCGCAAGGUCCAACCUUCGUUCGCGUUCGACUAUUUAGAUGGCGGUGCGGACGAUGAGAAGGCGCUGCGUCGCGCGAGCGCGGCGUUCGAUGAAUUAGAGUUUCACCCGUCGACGUGUCGCGGCGUCGACGACGUGUCGCUCGAGACGUCGUUUUUAGGACACACGAACACGGAGUGCAUUUUCCCAUCGCCGACCGCCGGUCACGCGUUAUGGGCACCGCGGCGCGGCGAGUUGGCGACCGCCGAGGCGUGCUCGACGAGCAACAGAGUAUUUGCGUUGAGCACUCUCGGCACCCGCUCUCCGCGAGACAUCGCGGAGGGCGUCGCGACGUUGAAAGCCGAUCGGAAAAUGUUCCAGGUGUACGUGUGGAAAGAUCGAGAGCUGAUGCGAGACGUCUUGGCGAGCGCCAAGGAGGCUGGAUUCUCGUCAGUCGCGUUGACGACGGACUUGACGUGGUUCGGAAAUCGGGAGCGAGACGUGCGAAACUCAUUCAGUGUACCGCCCAAACACUCUUUACGGACAACUCUCGCAGCUCUCGCGGCGCCGAGGUGGACGCUUGAAUAUCUCAUAUCACAGCGCAUCGAGUACGCGCUCAUUCGCGAUUUGAAGCGCGACGGUUUGCUCAGAGACGCGCUGCCAAUCGCAGAAUUUGCGACAAAACAGUUCGACGCUGCGUUUGAUUGGAAAGACGCCGAGUGGUUUCGCGCGCAGUGGGAUGGUCCGAUGGCGAUGAAAGGGAUUCUGCGUCCCGACGACGCGGUGCGCGCUCGAGAUAUUGGGUACGACGCGGUGUGGGUGACGUCGCACGGCGCUCGACAGUUGGAGAGCGCCGUCGCGCCCAUUGACGUCUUGUCGUCCAUCCGCGAAGCCGUCGGCGAGGAAGCGGAGGUGAUUUACGACGGUGGCAUCAUGCGUGGCGUCGAUGUCGUCAAGGCUCUCGCUCUCGGAGCGAAUGCCGUGGGGGUGGGUAAGGCGUACUUGUACGGUCUCGCCGCGGGCGAAGGCGCGGGCGUAAACAAAGCGUUUGAAAUACUCACGAGCGAGACGAAACGCGCGAUGGGUUUGCUCGGCGUGAAGGACGUACACGAAUUGCGCGCUCGCGGUCCCGAUUUAGUGCGUAGGCGAAUAGGAACAUAG